GGCUAGGCUCCAUGAAGAAGAACAUAGUCACAUUAGCACCAAGAUUGCAGGAACCAUCGGAUAUAUGGCUCCAGAAUAUGCAUUAUGGGGUCAGUUGACAGAUAAAGCAGACGUUUAUAGCUUCGGGGUUGUGGUGAUGGAAAUUGUUAGUGGACAGAGUAAUACUAAAUACAAGGGAAGUGAUGAUGAAGUCUCCCUUAUCAAUUGGGCACUGAAGCUGCAACAGAAAGGGGACGUAAUGGAGAUAGUAGAUCCAGUGCUGCAAGGUGAUUUCAACAAAAAAGAAGCAGUAAGGAUGAUCAAAGUUGCUCUAGUUUGCACAAACUCAUCUCCUUCCUUAAGACCAACCAUGUCAGAGGUUGUGCAAAUGCUGGAAGGAGAGAAAGAAAUAACACAGGUUCUUUCAGAUCCUGGUUUAUAUGGACAUAACUGGAGCAUUUCAAACCUCAUGGACAUUAAUACAGAUGGUGACUUGAGCACAUCUGGUGUGACCGAUCAAACGGCAACGACAAUGAAAUCGUCAGUUUCUGGUCGUGAUCUCUACCCAUUAUACCCUGAAUCCAUGAUCUUAAAAUCCACAGUAGACUUAUCUUCCUCGUCAUUGUGAAGCUCUCUGCGUUACCUUGUGACGUACUAGAGACCAAAGGCUUACAAGACCGUUCGGUUUGGUUUUGUUGGACUUUGUUUUGGUUUGGUUCUGUAUUGAUUAAUUUUUAAUUUUGGAUACGGUUUGGUUUUCUAAACUUUUUAUUAAAUCAGAAAUGUAAAUUGUAGUCGGAUUCAACACUUGGUCGAUGUACGGCCUUUCCAUGACACGUCUAUGAAAUUUGCAUGUCUUUUAUUA